GGUCUCUACAUAUGUAGCGCUACGCAUGCGCAUUUGCUCACUGUGGUUCGACCUCUGCAGUCGAGAGACCCGGGCUUCAACCAGACUAGACGGAACUACUACAAACUACUUGAAGUAGAAAAUGUACGCCUGUGCAAAGUUUGUGUCCUCGCCGGCUCUGGUCCGUGCUGGUUCCCGGGCUCUUUACAGACCCCUGUCUGCCUCUGUGCUGUCCAGGCCUGAGGUCAAAACAGAGAGCACUGUUGCUCUGAUGCCACAGAGCCCCCUCAAUCAGAUCACACUGAGGGGCUUCCAGACAAGCGCCGUCAGCCGGGACAUCGAUACAGCUGCAAAGUUUAUCGGUGCUGGAGCCGCCACAGUCGGUGUAGCUGGAUCCGGUGCCGGAAUCGGGACUGUGUUCGGCAGUUUGAUCAUUGGCUAUGCUAGGAACCCAUCUCUGAAGCAGCAGCUGUUCUCCUAUGCCAUCCUGGGAUUUGCCCUGUCUGAAGCCAUGGGACUUUUCUGUUUGAUGGUUGCUUUCCUCAUCCUGUUUGCUAUGUAAAACUCUGCUGUUCAACUUUCAUUACAGAUGUGACUACACUUUA